AUGUCCGGCAACAACUACCAGCAGUACGGCGGCAACCCGUACGGCCAGGCGGAGGCGGGCUACGGCGGCACCAGCAACCCCUACGGCUCCACCGGCUACGGCUCGUCCAACCCCUACGGCGGCGGCUACGACGAGCAGCCCGGGCGCCCGGCGCAGCUCACGCAGGCCGACUCCAACUACUCGCAGCCCUCGCAGUACUCGGCCUCUGGGCCCACGGCGACGGUCCCCCACACCGACGCCCCGCUGCCCCAUGGCAACACGGCGCAACACACAUUCGCAGCCGCCCAGCCGCCCCGCGGAAACACGGCGCAGCCCUACGGACUCGAGCAGCCCGGCUCACAGCCCAUCAGCCAGCCCGACUUCCUCCAGCGCAUCGACGGCACCAAGAGCCGCAUCGCGCAGCUCACGCAAGACAUUGGCGCCAUCUCGAGCAUCCACCAGCGCAUGCUGUCGUCGCCCGACAACCGCUCCUCGGCCGAGCUGGAGAGCAUCGUCUCGCAGACCCAGAUCCGGAACACGCAGAUCAAGGACGAGAUCAAGUUCCUCGAGCGCGAUGCCGCACGCGACUCGACCAACUCGUUCAAGAGGACCCAGGUCGAGUCGCUGAAGAGGACCUUCAAGAGCCAGCUCGAGGACUUCCAGCGCGAGGAGGCCGACUACUCGAAGCGAUACCGCGAGGCCAUUGCCCGCCAGUACCGCGUCAUCAACCCGGACGCGACCGACGCAGAGGUCCAGGAGGCUGCCAACGCCGACUGGGGCGACGAGGGCAUCUUCACCCAGGCUCUCAAGAGCAACCGCAGUGGGCAAGCGUCGAGCGUGCUGGGCGCCGUGCGUGCUCGGCACAACGACAUCCAGCGCAUCGAGAAGACCAUGGUCGAGCUGGCCACUCUGUUCCAGCAGCUCAACGAGCAGGUCGUCUACCAGGAGGAGCAGACGGUCCAGGUCGAGAACCAGACGAUCCAGGUCAACGAAGACGCAAAGCACGCAAACACACAGCUGGACCAGGGCAUCAAGUCUGCCCGACGCGCCAGGAAGCUCAAGUGGUGGACGCUGUUGGUCGUGGUCCUGAUCAUUGCCAUCAUCGCGCUGGCCCUCGGUCUCUACUUUGGCCUCCGAAAGAACUAG